CGUCUGUCUAUCUCCGGUCCUCCGUCUGUACAUAUCACCGUCCACGAAAGCUCCCUGUAACGACUCGUCACGCUCAACGCUGCCCACUCAAUACCAGCGCCAUGUCAAGCCACUCUGAACCCGCCUCGGCGUCUUCGACCGCAGAGCCAAGCCUUAUAGAAGCCUUAGCCGCACUCGCCCCGAUGAAUCCCGGUGGAACUCGAAGUCCCCGUACUGUCAGGCGCAAGACCGGGUCCGACGAUCUGCGCGAUCUGUUCGCUCAAUCAGCUGCUGACGCUGAGGAACGGAGAAAGGACCCUCCUCCAUUGGGCUGCGUGCCGACGCGUACUCCGAACGCGUAGCUUCGGGUGCAACUAGAUUCGACUCAGUGGUCCGCGUUUAGGACUCAAAGCUUCAUUCGCCACCAUGAAUUUGUUCAUUUUCCAGGAUGCUUAAUGGACUGUUACUUCCAAUGGACAUCUGGCAUCACCCGCCACAAUUACGAUCACAACCUUUUGAGGCUCGCGUUCAUUCCACAUCGUUAUCCGCACAUGCAUUAUUUCUUUGGUUUAAGGAAGCAAUAAAUAGCACGCGUAUUGUAGCAACU